AACAACAACAGCAGCAGCAACAGAGACAGCGGCGCGGCCUCGCCCGAGAUCCCCCUGACGCUGAGCGCGUCCGUGGUGCUGGCCGACCUGCCGCGAGACGCCACGGCGGCGCUGGCCAGCGCUGGCGGGUUCCCCGCGACGAGCAAGGUGGUGGUCAAGUUCAAGGCCGUGGGGUCGGCGCUGGCGCUGCAGCAGGACGUGUGCAAGAUCUCGGCGGCGCGCAAGUUUGAGGAGGUGGUGCGGUAUCUGCGGCGGAAGCUGCGGUGCAAGGACACGGACAGCGUGUUUCUGUAUGUGAAUAGUGCGUUUGCGCCGUCGUUGGAUGAGGUGGUGGGCAAUUUACACCAGUGCUUCAAAAAUGCUCAUGAUCAACUAGUUGUGGCCUAUUCCAUAACUCCGGCGUUUGGAUGA